UUGUGUGUUACCUGCUGUAUAUCAGACAGACAUAAACAGCCAGGCUGCCGAGAGGGAUGUGACAGCGAAGGACUGCAUCUCUUCUUGUGUGGCUGGUGAGAUGCAGGGUCGAGCAGUUCCCACACUGCCCUUGAGACGGGAUGACGAUGAAAAAGCAUUCGGCCAGAGUGGCCCCUCUCACUGCCUGCAAUAGUCCGGUGCUAACUCUCACCAAGGUGGAAGGAGAUGAGUGCCCGGCAGAGGCAAGUGGAGGCAAAGGUGGAGCGAGGGCAUCCCGGACAGAAGCAGAUACACGGGCAGAGCCCAGAGGAGGUGGUGGAGGACGGCGUUUAGGCCGCAGGACAGGGCUGGCUUGUUGCCACCAACGCCGCUGCUCUGUCAAGCAGCUGAAGAAGAUCCUCUGGGGCUCAGCGGUUGUCCUCAGCGUCUGCUCAUCCUGGGCAGGCACCAGCCAGCUCGCCAAGAUCACCUUCAGGACCUUCGACGCCCCCUUUGCAGUGACCUGGUUUGCCACCAUCUGGAACAUUCUCUUCUUCCCAUUAUACUAUGUUGGCCACUUUUGGAGUUCAGAAGAGAAACAAUCUCCACGGCAGCGAUUCCGGGAAUGUUGGAGGUUUUUUGGGGACGAUGGUUUGACCAUCAAACUAUUCUUCAGCAGAAUGGCCCCGUUCUGUGUCCUGUGGACUUUAACGAACUACCUGUACUUGCUCGCCCUGAAGAAAAUCAGUGCGACAGAUACUUCUGCUCUGUUCUGCUGCAACAAGGCCUUUGUCUUCCUGCUCUCCUGGAUUGUUCUACGGGACAAAUUCAUGGGCGUUAGGAUAGUGGCCGCCAUCUUUGCCAUUGCAGGGAUAGUGAUGAUAACCUACGCUGAUGGUUUUCACAGUCACUCUGUUAUUGGGAUCACACUGGUUGUAGCAUCAGCAUCCAUGUCAGCUCUUUACAAGGUCUUGUUUAAGAUGCUCCUGGGCAGUGCCAAGUACGGUGAAGCAGCUUUGUUCCUUUCGGUGCUGGGACUUUUCAAUGUCACCUUCGUCACCUUUGUUCCGGUGGCCCUUUACUUCACUGGCGUUGAGUACUGGACCCCAUUCAGCCUCAUUCCUUGGGAGAAACUGUGCGGGAUGGCGACUCUCUUGCUGUCCUUUAACAUCCUGAUGAAUUUUGGGAUUGCUGUCACAUCACCAACUCUGAUCUCGGUGGGAGUGGUCCUCAGUGUCCCUGUGAAUGCUGUGGCUGAUGCCUACUACAGUGACAUUGUGUUCAACAGUGUGCGGGUCAUCGCUGUCCUGAUCAUCUGCCUGGGCUUCCUCCUGUUGCUGCUGCCCGAGGAGUGGGACCGAAUGGCCCUGGACUUCCUGUCCCGCUUCAAGGUCAGGAAGAAGGAGGAGGCUGUUGAGGAGCAGGGAGAAGCUGGCUUCGCAGGACAGAGUCGAAACAAGGGCUCACGAACCUCCACUGCCACGUUUGCACACUCAUUCUAGUCAGUGGCCUGGAAGUUACAACCGAGCUCGUGGUGAUGAUGAAAGGCAAUGAACAGCACACAUGACGAACUCGUGUUCCAUAUGGGGGUCUGUCUGGUAGGGCGGUUGUAACGUAUUGGACAUGUCUGGUCACUUGCAUUUCUCGGGACCCAGUCACAGACUCACGGUCACUGAAGGGGGGGAGGGGUAGUGGAUACCUCUGAAGGGAAACGGUGAGGAAAGGCCACUCAACUUCUGACAUCUUUUUUUUAGUUACUGCCCAGGUUUUCAGCUGGGGAUGGGUGGCUGGUGGUGACCUGACCUCAGGAUGGGGUGAGCUAUGGCAGACCGGUUCUCCCAGCCCAUGGGGUACAGUGCCAACCUGCUCGGAGAUGGCCCAGCUGUAGUAUGGGAGGGGGCUGCGGAGGGGUCGAGGGGUAAGAAAGGUGGUUAAUUCCCUGUUGGUCACCAAAUGCACGUUUCAGCAGAGGCUGCAGUAUUUUGUUUCUGUGACAAAGGUUGAGGUGGAUUUUACAAAGAGUUGAUGAUAACUGAUGCCUGCCUGAGUUCUCCUCUUUGGGAUCUGGGAUUUAUUUUAAUUGGUGUUCCCAACAUGUGGACACUGGCCUAUGUAGUCCACCACUGAAUGUUUAAACUCUUCAUUUUUGUGCCCCAGAACUGCCAGCUGCGUUAUAAGGGCUAGUGACAGGAAGCUGUAUCAUCCUUUUUCUCUGUGGUGACUAUUGGAGGAUUUGAAGUUUAAGGGUGCUAUAAAUAAAGGGUAUCUCGGCAGGAUUGUUAAUGUGCAUGCAGUGGGGGGUUUAAUGAGCACCAUGUAAAGGCAUCAGGGCCUCCGGUCUCUGACAGUGAGAUUGGCAAGAGUGAUUGUCAGCACUUGGCCAGGCAUUAUCACCCACCACACAGUAUACCCACUUCCUAUCCGACCCUACUUUCAAACCAGCCUGUUAUUGGACUCCUCUAUCAGUCAGACAUGAUGCAAUCUAGACUCUUCCCUUUUACACUACAUGUGAGGGGCACUUACAUUGUUUCUUUCAACUGUUACUUACUGAGGCUUGGGAGGGGUGGGAGUGUUGGGGGUGUGGGAUGCUGUGACCCACAGCCAGUCCCUGCUGUUCUCCCUGGUCAUCCUCUGUCGCCCAAAUUGGAGAUUUAGAGGAUUCCACACCUUCUCAAUUCCAGCCCCUCCCUCUCAUAAUGCCUUUCCAAUUCUUGGGAUCACUCUUGCUCAGCCAGGGGAACUUUUAAGAGGUGCUCAUAAAUGUGAAGAUUGUGGGGGGGAAUGUGGUCCUGGGAGAGUUAAACAGGAAAAGUCAUUUUUCCAAAGGAGGACUGGCAUCUUUAGCUAACAACAAAAUUAGAUGUGGAGGGGAUGGGGAGUAUUUGGUAUCUGCGAUUUGCUCACUGCAUUCCAGUUGGGUUUAAUGUGGACAGGGUUUGGACCCACCCCUGAUGAUGUCAGAGGGGUUGUCCCCCAGAGAAGGUGUUAAAUGGAGGUAAGUCUCAGUUGGACAUUGGAAGAAGCGCGAUUACUGCAGACUUCAGUUUAAGGUGUUGCCUCGGACAGUCAGGCACUCACUCUGUCACCCUGAAUGUUCAGUCACUACCCUGGGUGAGCAUCAACCCCUGACCUUCUAACUUAGAGAGGGAGAGUGUUCUCCACUGAGGCUCGAACAAUCUAACCACUCUCCUGUGGUGACCCACUAACCAUGAUGGUCUCUUUAUGACUUAACAAAAAUGUGACACGUUGUGAAAUCAAAUAUUGGUGACCAACACCAAGUCAAUACUACCAGGAUGAUCACAUUAGAACAUCAGAUACUUAGCAGCCUGUGGCCUCUUUGCGAUUUUUACUGACGGAAGCCAUGAGAAAGCAGUUUUAAGUCAAACUUGCAUGUUUUCAUUAACAUAAUCUAAUUUAAUAUGUCUGAAUGUAUGUUUGUGUUUUUUUUACAACAGUCUUAAUGGUGGCUGGAGGUGAAGCAUGAUGUUCAGGUAUUAAACAAAACAUCAGUAAGUGCAUGGUCUUCACUGGCACAACCCAAUCACCAGCCACCACACCAAUCCCCCACUUCCACCUUCCUCCCCCCUCCAAUUCUGAGUCAGACCCUAUUCCAAAGGAUUCUGUCACAAGACUUCACAGGCCUGUGCCCUCUCUCCUGCCAUCAAUCACCUCUCGUGCCCAACCUAUGCCCACCUACCCAGAGCCAGUCAGCAGAACAGCAGACUGUCCAUUCCCUAGUUAUAUAAUACUGUGCUGUCGAUUCACACAAACACAAUAUUUUUAUAACUAAUAAAAGUGUGUAAUAGAAAAA